AUGGCUCUCGCUGCGAUGUAUGAGGUUGCAUGGAAGCGCGUGGCCGCAGCUGCCAUCACCACACCCACCUCUGGAGACUGGGUGCAGGUCGCCUUCAUCAUUGCUGCCACCUGCGCUGUUUCCCUCCCCAUCGGCCUGCAGUCCAAGUUCUUCAAGUGGGAGCCCAUGAAGCUGGCCACAGUCAUUCCUGCCGCCAUGUUCACCAUCAUCGCACCAGGCUUCACUGAGGAGGCGAUCUUCCGUGCUGCGCUGCUGCCCCACCCGAGCGUCAACCCCAAAGCGUUCCCUGCAUCCUUCUCCCAAUUUGCCCUCACCGCCGCCCUCCCCCUCGCCAUCUUCGUCGCCUAUCACCUGGUGAACCCGGACAAGCGCGCCCGCGCCGUGUUCUGGGACGCGCGUUUCCUGGCGCUGGCCGCUCUGCUGGGCGCCGGCUGCACCGCCUCCUACUACGUCACCGGCGGCUCCCUGGUGGCCGCAGCCCUCACCCACUGGCUCCCCGUCAACCUGUGGCUCUUCCUGCUCGGCGGCUGGAACAAGGUGCAGCCCUCCGAGGGGACCAAGAAGGAGUAA